AUGAUGACACGUCAAAUGGAAGGAAUGAGGAAUCCUCGUGUUUGUGAUGAUUGCAAGGAGACGCGCAGUAUUGACAAGAUGUAUCACUGUAAUAAAUGCGAUUUGAAGAUUUGUCCAGAUUGCCUUAUUGAGGAGCAUCUAUCUCAUGAGAAAACGCGACUUUGGAAGAAAGCACUUUGUGAAAUGACCGAGGCUCAACAGAAAGAUACGGCCAAUGUGGUGAAAACGUACAACGAUUUGUUUGCAGGAAUGCACGAGAAUAUUUUGAAGCCUCUGAAGGCUUUUGGAACGAAAUUGACUUCGAAAGAAGAAAACUGUAUGAACAUUUCGACAUUUGGAGAAGCAAAGAAGACACUUGAAAAAUGCGCGAAGCUGAGAGAGGACUUUGAGACGAUUUCGGAGAAACUCAUACCUGAUUUGCGUCGAUAUGAGACGAAGGUCAAGAUAUUGACUGAAGCAAUUGACAAAGAUGAUUAUCAAGGACUUGAAGAUGGAUUU